AUGGCCCCACUGAUGACCCUCUGUAUCCUCUCCAGCUCCUUCUCAAAUGAGAUCCUGGGUCUGAAGCUGCCGCUGGAACCAGUGCUAAAUGCCAACACAGUCUGCCUGACCUUGCCUGGCUUGACACGGCGGCAACUGGAGGUAUGUGUCCGGAAUCCUGACGUGACGGCUUCUGCCAUUCAAGGCAUCCAGAUUGCCAUCCACGAGUGCCAGCACCAGUUCCGUGACCAGCGAUGGAAUUGCUCUAGCCUGGAGACCAAGAAUAAGAUUCCGUACGAAAGCAUCAUCUUCAGCAGAGGUUUCCGGGAAAGUGCUUUUGCCUAUGCCAUUGCAGCGGCAGGAGCGGUGCAUGCUGUCUCCAACGCUUGCUCCCUGGGCAAGCUGCAGGCAUGCGGAUGUGACCAGAAGCGCCGAGGGGACGAGGAAGCCUUCCGCAUCAAGCUGCACCGGCUUCAGCUGGAGGCCAUGAACCGGGGCAAAGGAAUGAUGCACGGUGUGCACCUGGAGCACGUGCCAGCUGAGGCCCCAGGCCUGCAGGACUCCUGGGAAUGGGGGGGCUGCAGCCCAGAUGUGGACUACGGGGAGAAGUUUUCCAAGGACUUCCUAGAUUCUCGAGAGACCUACCGAGACAUCCAUUCCCGCAUGAGGCUGCAUAACAACCGUGUUGGCCGACAGGUGGUGAUGGAGAACAUGCGGAGGAAAUGCAAGUGCCACGGCACCUCUGGGAGCUGUCAGCUGAAGACGUGCUGGCAAGUGACUCCUGAGUUCCGGCUGGUGGGCUCACUGCUCAAAGAGCGCUUCUCUGGGGCCAUGCUGAUCCGGCCCCACAACAGGAACACAGGACAGAUGGAGCUAGGUCACGCCCGCCACCGGCGUCGGGCUGGCAUCAGUGACCUGGUUUACUUUGAGAAAUCACCAGACUUCUGUGAGAGGGAACCAGCCUUAGACUCCAUGGGCACGCAAGGGCGCUUGUGCAACAAGACCAGCCCAGGCAUGGACAACUGUGAGAGCUUGUGCUGCGGGCGGGGGCACAACAUCCUGCGGCAAACACGCAGCGAGCGCUGCAACUGCAAGUUCCACUGGUGCUGCUUUGUGGCUUGUGAGGAGUGCCGGCUCACCGAGUGGGUCAGCGUCUGCAAGUGAUCCGGGGCCCACCGGAUGCU